GAGUCGACAAUAACAAACUUUAAACGUCGAUACCUAACGCACGCAAACGCCUCGGCGGCGACUCGAAGUAGUGACCGGUCGCGGAUAUCAUAAAGUCUAAUUAGAAUUGAGAUUUGGUGAAAUUUGUUAAUUAAUUAUUACAAAAAAUCCGAUCAAACUGAGACGUGUUAGUGAAAAGUUUGACACUAGAAUACGAGAAAACGCAUAUAGUUGACGAAGCUCUCGUCGCGGUAUACUGAUUCGUCUGGCCGGCGCUCACUAGCGCCGCGCACUCUUAGCAAGCAUUCUUUUCACAGUACUACUAAUAGUAAUUAUUAUCAAGUUGUGAUUGAUUGAAAUUAAUUGAAAAUAAUAAAAUGGCCGACACAGCAGUAGCAUCGGAGACACCCGCGCCGGCGACGCCCGCGAAGAAAGCACCAAAAGCGGCAGCCGCCGCGAAAAAACCCAAGGCCAGACCGACGCACCCCAAGACGUCCGAAAUGGUGAACAGCGCGAUCAAAGAGUUGAAGGAGAGGAGCGGAUCGUCCCUGCAGGCGAUCAAGAAGUACAUCGCCUCGAAUUAUAGCCUCGACGCCGAGAGGUUGGCGCCGUUCAUAAGAAAGUAUCUGAAACGCGCGGUCGCCUCCGGCACCCUGAUCCAGACUAAGGGCAAGGGCGCAUCGGGCUCGUUCAAGAUUGACAGCAAGUCGGGCACCGGCGGCGCGGCGAAGAAGGCGACGGCCACCUCCGCGUCCUCCGGCGGUAGGGGCUCCGCCGCGGCGGCGUCCUCCGCGGCCAAAUCGGCGAAGAAGCCGAGCGCACCCGCCAAGAAGACCGCCGCGAGCGCCGGCGCCAGGAGCAAGAAGGCCGCCGCAGCGGCGGCAUCGGCCGUCGAGUCCGCCUCGCCGGCUAAAGCGGGCGGAAGGGGCGGCGCCGCCAGAGAUAAGAAAGCGGCGGCGGCGGCCAAGAGGAAACCGGCCCCGGACCGUCACCCAUGGUGCGCGAAACAGCGCCGAGCUCGGCCACGGCCAAGCACCACGCUGCGCCAAGCUGCUCCAGCUUUGCGGAGCCAGCUCCGCUUCAGCCGAGUCGAGACCAAGACACGCCUCAUCAGAGGCGAAGCCUACUUCCGAUUCAAAAAUCAAUACCAAAGAAAUCGCCUUCAUCAAACAAAACUGCAUUUCAGGCCGGUGAGUCACCCGCUACUAAACAUCACGCCACCGAUGACGUCAGCCACCCGCCCGCCGCACUCCCCGCGUCGGCGACAUCGCGGCCCGGCACCGAGUUGCAAGCCGCGCGUGUGA